ACCAGGGCCACGCAGGGUUUCUGCUCUUUUCCCGGGACGCCAGAGGCGCAGCGGGCCGCCGCCGCUCGGCCGGGCGGCGCUAGGACCCGGGAGAGCGGAGGCGCCGCAGACGCCGCGCUGGGAGGCGUAGUGGAAGAAAGGUAACCACCAUUGAGAAGGCGGCUGUGACCGGCGGGAACCCAUCUCCAGGCUCCUGCUCAGGGCUGAGUGCGUCUGUGCCUGUGGGAAACCUGGAUCCUCCACACACCCUCCAACAUGACCAGCGUGGUGAUUGUCAAGGAGGGAUGGCUGCAUAAACGCGGUGAGUACAUCAAGACCUGGAGGCCGAGGUAUUUUCUCCUCAAGAGUGACGGUACGUUCAUCGGCUACAAGGAGCGACCGCAAGAUGUUGACCAGCUGGAAACCCCCUUAAACAACUUCUCUGUAGCGCAGUGCCAGCUGAUGAAGACGGAACGGCCCAAGCCCAACACAUUCAUCAUCCGCUGCCUGCAGUGGACCACUGUCAUCGAGCGGACCUUUCACGUGGAGACCCCCGAGGAGAGGGCAGAGUGGACGAAAGCCAUCCAAGCAGUGGCCGACCGCCUGCAGAAGCAGGAGGAGGAGAGGAUGGACUCGUCCCCGGACCCCAUGGACAUGGAGGUUUACCUGACCAAACCCAGACACAAAGUGACUAUGCACGACUUUGAAUACCUCAAACUCCUGGGAAAAGGCACUUUUGGCAAAGUUAUCCUGGUAAAGGAGAAGGCCACAGGACACUACUAUGCCAUGAAGAUCCUGAAGAAGGAGGUGAUCGUAGCAAAAGAUGAAGUGGCGCACACACUCACAGAGAACAGAGUCCUCCAGAACUCAAAGCAUCCGUUCCUGACGGGGUUGAAGUACUCUUUCCAGACACAUGACCGCCUGUGCUUUGUCAUGGAGUAUGCAAAUGGUGGUGAGCUUUUCUUCCAUCUGUCAAGGGACCGGGUUUUCUCAGAGGAGCGGGCGCGUUUCUACGGUGCAGAGAUCGUGUCGGCGCUGGACUACCUGCACGCCGAGAGGAACGUGGUCUAUCGAGACUUAAAGCUGGAAAACCUGCUGCUGGAUGAAGACGGACACAUAAAAAUCACGGAUUUCGGCCUGUGUAAGGAAGGAAUCAAAGAUGGCGCCACCAUGAAAACCUUCUGUGGGACUCCAGAGUAUCUGGCACCUGAGGUGCUGGAGGACAACGACUACGGCCGCGCCGUGGACUGGUGGGGCCUGGGGGUGGUCAUGUACGAGAUGAUGUGCGGCAGACUGCCGUUCUACAACCAGGACCACGAGAAGCUGUUCGAGCUGAUCCUCAUGGAGGACAUCCGCUUCCCCCGCACGCUGGGCCCGGAGGCCCGCUCGCUGCUCUCCGGCCUCCUGAAGAAAGACCCCAUGCAGAGGUUAGGCGGCGGACCCGAUGAUGCCAAGGAGAUCAUGCAGCACAAGUUCUUCGCUGCGAUUGAAUGGCAGGAUGUUUAUGAGAAGAAGCUGGUCCCACCGUUUAAGCCCCAAGUUACCUCGGAGAUUGACACUCGAUAUUUCGACGAGGAGUUCACAGCGCAAACCAUCACUAUUACACCGCCUGGACAAGCCGACGACAGCAUGGAGUCCUUCGACAGCGAGCGGAGGCCCCAUUUCCCCCAGUUCUCCUACUCUGCCAGUGGGACGGCCUAAGCCGCCGCCCCCCCACCACCUGACUGCACUCUCAAACAGAGCGGGCCGCGGCCCGUCCUCUCGGCGCCGGCUGCAGAGGAAGCAAACGUGAGACCAAACGAAGACGGGCGCUCAGAGGACCGACGGACAGAGCGCUAA